AUGUCAGUGGAUGAUAGGGAAAAGGUAUUGCGUACGCAUUCUCUCUGCCGCAACUGUUUCCGCAAGGGCCACCGUGCGAAGAAUUGCCAAUCAAAAAUUUCGUGUCGAAGAUGUAAGGAUCGACACCAUACUCUUGUGUGCUUCAGAACAGAGGAGGAUACUCAUUCAAGAUUCGUGACAGUCUCAAGGAGCCCCAACAGAAAUCAAACUAAGGAAAACCAGGGACCAUCGUGUUCGGCGUCUUCUCAGUCUUCGCAAGUUAUAAAUCUCUCAGCUAAGAAGGUCAUCGCAGGUGAAACGAUAUCGAAACAUUCAACAAAGGUACUUUUGGCAACUGCCGUGGUGAUGGUGAGGGACACCAACGGUAAUCAGUAUCCAGCCCGUGCUCUCUUGGAUUCGGGCUCAGAGAGCAACUUCAUGACUGAAAGGUUGAGUCAAAAAUUAAGGGUGACUCGUGAACGGGUUAACAUUCCGGUCCUUGGUAUUGGUGAAGUAGCUUCUAAGGUGAAGCAACGGAUUCGAGCUACAAUAUUAUCUCGCGUAUCCGGAUUCUCCCGAGAAAUGGAAUUCUUAAUUUUGCCCAAGGUCACGGUGAAUCUCCCGACUACAUCGAUCAACACAAGAGGAUGGGCAAUACCCGAAGGAAUUCAACUUGCUGACCCCACGUUCGGGGUACCCACUGCUGUGGAUAUGGUACUCGGUAUCGAGUCAUUCUUUGACUUCUUUGAAUCCGGAAGAAAGGUUGGAUUGGGUGAUAAUUUACCAAUACUAAAGGAGACAGUCUUCGGAUGGGUCGUCUGUGGAGGAUUGGCAGAUUCUACUCAGGUUUCAAGAGUUAAUUGUAAUGUGUCAACUACGAAGAAUUUGGAGUCGUUAAUAAGCAAAUUUUGGUCCUGUGAGGAAAUUAAUUCAACAAACGACUAUUCACUGGAGGAAGCCCGCUGCGAGGAAUGGUUCGUACAGUCAGUUGUUCGAGAUGAUGAUGGGCGAUACACGGUUUCAUUGCCAAUGGAAAGGGAUGCUUUGUCGCGACUAGGUGAAUCCAAGAACAUUGCUCUUCGACGCUUACAAUCAACUGAACGCAGAUUAACAAGGGAUGCUAGCUUACGGGAAGAGUACAUCUCAUUUAUGGAGGAAUAUCUGCAGCUAGGGCAUAUGCGGAAGGUUGAUGGAACUUCUAGGGAAUCAGGCAAACGGUGUUUUCUUCCGCAUCAUCCGGUGGUGAAGGAGAGUAGUACGACAACUAAGGUUCGAGUCGUAUUCGACGCAUCCUGCAAAACUUCUUCUGGGGUUUCCCUGAACGAUGUAUUAUUGACAGGGCCGGUAGUACAGGAGGAUUUGAGGUCGAUUAUUUUACGAUGCCGAAUCAAACAGAUAAUGUUGGUCGCUGAUGUGGAGAAAAUGUUCCGCCAAAUAUAUAUUCAUCCAGAGGAAAGGCCACUUCAAUCCAUUCUGUGGCGUGCAUCACCUAAGGAGGAGGUUUGCACGUACGAAUUAAAUACAGUAACUUAUGGUACAAGGCCAGCACCAUUUUUGGCAACCAGAACACUCAAGCAGUUGGCAACGGAUGAAAGGGAAAAAUAUCCACUCGCAUAUAAGUCAAUUAUCGAGGACACCUACAUGGACGACGUGAUUACUGGCUCAGAUAAUGUUGAAGCAGCCAUUAACUUAAGUUUUCAAUUAAAUCACAUGAUGGAGGACGGUGGAUUUCGGCUGAGGAAAUGGGCUUCCAAUUGUGAAGCGGUGUUGAACACUAUUCCCAAAGAAAAUUUGGCCAUACGAGAUACAGAGGGAAUCAAUCUAGAUCCAGAUAGCUAUGUACGUACUCUAGGACUUACUUGGAUUCCCAAAAUGGAUGUCUUUCGAUUCCAAUUCAGCGUUCCACCUAUUGACGAGGACAGCUCAAUAACGAAACGUCAGGUUCUUUCAAUAAUUGCAUCACUUUUCGAUCCCCUGGGGCUUAUAGGAGCCACCAUUGUCACGGCAAAGAUAUUUAUGCAACUGCUUUGGACUCUGCGUGACAACAACAAACACGUUUGGAGUUGGAACCAGCCUUUACCUUCAACGGUGGGUGAGGCUUGGAAAAGGUAUCACAAGCAACUUCCUGGCCUCAAUAAAAUUGAAAUCGAGCGAUGCGUCAUGAUUCCAAAGGCGGUUCACAUACAAUUUCAUUGUUUUUCUGAUGCUUCUGAGAAGGCAUACGGCGGUUGUAUUUACAUUCGAAGCCAGGACACUGAAGGUACAGUAAAGGUUCAUCUGCUUACUUCAAAAUCAAAGGUUGCGCCUUUGAAGUGCCAAACAAUACCGAGAUUAGAACUCUGUGGAGCUCUGUUGGUAGCUCAGCUCUACGAAAAGGUCCAACAAUCGACAAAAACAACAGCAACGGGCCAUUUUUGGACAGAUUCUACCUGUGUUCUGCGCUGGAUUCAGGCUUCUCCCACUACCUGGUCAACCUUCGUCGCAAACAGGGUCUCGAAAAUACAAUCGCUUACGGAAGGAAGUCAAUGGAAUCACGUGCCCGGUAUUUGUAACCCGGCGGAUCUAAUUUCCAGGGGAAUCACACCAGAGGAUAUUUUUAAUAACGAAUUCUGGUGGCAUGGGCCGAAAUGGCUGGCAGAAGAACCAAACAAAUGGCCGAACAAAAUUCGGGAUGAAGUAGAAGAGCUGGCGGAAGAAGAAAGGCGUCGUACUGCCAUUGUAAUCGCAACCGAAGUGGAAGUUAAUGAUUUCAACAAUUGGUAUUUGUCAACGUGUUCAAAUUACACCGUCCUGAUUCGCCGAACUGCUAUUUACCUACGACUGAUAGGACUUCUUCGUUCACCUUCCAAGAGUUGUUUCAAGGGUUUCAUUACCACAGCAGAACUAAAUGAGGCAGAACGGGUGUUGAUUCAUCGAGUACAGCAAGAGUCGUUUCCUGUCGAAUUGAGGCUAUUGGAGAAGAAGGAAUCGGUUAAGAGAAGUUCUCCUUUGCGAUGGUACAACCCAUUUAUUUCAGAGGAUGAAUUGCUGAGGAUAGGUGGAAGAUUAGAGUAUUCCGUUCAGAGGAACCGUGAUUCUGAUGACGAUGCAGUUGUUUUGGAUAAUAGUCAGUCCGCCAAUGCGUUUUGCAUCGUCAUCUUCAGCUCGUCCGGGAAAAUCCUCUGA